CUAGUGGUAUUCUGGCUAUUGACAAGGCCAGGGAGCCCAUCACCUUAGUACUGGCAGAAGAUGGCACCAUUGUGGAUGACGAAGAUUACUUUUUGUGUUUGCCACCUAAUACCAAGUUUGUGGCACUGGCCAAGAAUGAGAAAUGGUCCAGCAAAGGCUUAGACAGUGGAACAGCCUGGCUCUCGGAGUCUGUGGAUGAAGUGGACAGCGCUGCAGAGAAGUGGAAGCAGCUGGCCAGGCAACUGAAGGAUGACCUGUCUAAUAUCAUCUUGAUGUCUGAAGAAGACCUCCAGGUGCUUAUUGAUGUACCACGGUCAGACCUGGCAGAAGAACUUGCCCAAAGUCAAACCAAAAUCCAAGUAUUGCAGGACACCCUGCAGCAGGUGCUGGACAGACGAGAAGAAGAACGCCAGUCAAGACAGCUCCUGGAACUCUACCUCGAGGCCUUGAAAAAUGAAGACAGUAUUUUAAGCAAAGUAGCAGAAUCUGAGACUGUACGAAGAAAGGAGAUGGAUGUGGUUGACACAGGUACCAGCAGUAUAGGCACUUCAGCCAAAACGGCGCUCAGUGACCAGAUCCUUGCUGCUCUGAAAGAGAAACCUGCUCCAGAGCUCUGCUUGGACAGUCAAGAUCUAGAGCUGGUCUUGAAAGAAGAGACAGAAGCCCUGGCCUCAGCUCUGAGAUGGGACAAGCAGAAAGCUGAAGCUCUCCAACAAGCCUGCGAUCAGGAGCUCUCCAAGCGUCUACAACAAGUGCAGACUUUGCAUUCCCUAAGGAGCACGUCAAAGGGCAAGAAAACGCUACCCUGGGGAGACUGGCCUAGUUCAAAACGCAAAAAGUAAGACUGCAGUGCUGC